GGCCCGACGACAUCUCCCGGUCACGCGGGUACAACGCACGUGCGAUUCUAAACGGUCUGUGAUCAAGCACAAUCGCCGCAGACACGAUCGCAGGAUCUCUCAUCGAUCGCGUUUGUUUCUUCGAUACAAAACGUUUUUAUCGUUUUGUAUCACAACAGUCGACUCUCGAGUCUCGAUUUUCUCCCCCCCUCUUCCCCGUGUCAGUCGUUGAUUCGCGCAUCGACUCGUGGCGCACGUGAUUUCCGCGAUACCUGUUAUGUGUAUACCGCGACGGAAAGGAGGGUGAAGUGUUCGAGGAUAACGUGAGCCAAAAAAAAAAAAAAAAAGAAAAAUAUUCGUAACUUGUCUCACGGUCGACGCUCGACCGGUUUCUCGAUGCACCUUUUGCCAGGGGGUGAAAGGUGCACGUGGUGGAAACUCGACGAUUUCUGACAAGAAUUUCGCAGCAGAAAAUUACGCACAUUGAUCAGCGAGCGAGAAGAGAGGUGCAUCAAGUCGACAAGUGAUCAGAUCGAUGAGGACCAUGAGAAAAUCCUACUUCGUCUUUAUAUGCCUGCUGGGCCUCGUCGUGAGCGACAAUAGCACGAUCGGUGAUCAAUCGAGUACGGAAAACGCUUCGGAGAUCAGCAGCAACACCGACAAUAAUCUCGCCACCAACGUCGUAGAUCAGAAUGCUGGCUGGGGAGAAUGGUCGCCAUGGUCGAAGUGGUCGCCAUGUUCACGAACGUGCGGCGGCGGAAUUUCGCGACAACAACGUCGAUGCAGGCGUAAACUGUGCAAGGGAAGACUCUGGACUAUCAAGUAUAAAAUCUGCAACCCGGAGCCGUGCGAGAAAUCGGACGAUUUUCGCGCUGCACAAUGUGCCGCCUUUAACAAUGUGCCAUACAGCGGACAGCUGCUCAAGUGGUAUCCCCAUUACGAUCCGGCUAGACCGUGCGCUUUGAUCUGCCGUGGUGAGCAAACUCUCGAGAACGGCAUUACACACUCACGGCAGGAAGUGUCGUCGUCGUCGUCGUCGUCGUCGGCCGAAAGGACGUUGCCCACCGACAGUCUGCAAUUCGACAGCGACGAAACGAUAGUGGUGCAACUGGCGGACAAGGUGGAGGACGGCACAAGAUGCCACGUCGAGGGCACGGACGUGUGCAUAGACGGCGAGUGCGUGAAGGUUGGCUGCGACCUUAGAGUGGGUAGUAACAAGAACACGGAUGCGUGUGGCGUGUGCGGAGGGAAUGGAUCAACCUGCCAAUCGCGAUACUCAUGGAGUUUGGAAUCGAUAUCCGCCUGCUCGAAAUCCUGCAGCGGAGGUAUCAAGAUGGCGAUAGCGGUGUGCAAAUCGGUCGGCACCGAAGAGAAUGUUGUGGAGGACAGUUAUUGCGAUGCAAAGAGCAGACCGGAGAAGACCCUAAUGCCGUGCAACACGCACCCCUGCACAACGAAAUGGAUAAGCGGAGAAUGGAGUGCGUGCAGCGCGAGCUGCGGCGGUGGAUCGAAAACGAGGUUUGUCUUCUGCGCCGAGGAAAACGGAAACGAAACCACGAAGCUGCCCGAUCACAAGUGCAACAUUGCGCAUAAACCGCGCGCUCAGGAAACCUGCAACACCGUGUCCUGCCCGAUGUGGGAGACCGAUAAGUGGAGCGAGUGCUCCGUGACCUGUGGCACCGGAAUACGGACGAGAACGAUCGAAUGCAGAGACGGUGUUGGUGCCAUCUCCAGGGACUGCGACCCCGCGGAACGUCCUCGUACCGAACAGGAAUGCAAGACGAACAUCGCCUGUCCUAUAUAUGGAGACUCUAUGACGCAGCCCCUGGUGCAACCGUAUCCUCUGUCCCCGAUGUCGGAGAAGUUGAUGGACCAGCCGAUAUCUUCCGAAUCGACGUUCUACGCCGAGGAAUGGUCCCCCUGCAGCGUUACUUGCGGCGAAGGUGUCAGGCACAGAGAGGUGAUCUGCCAAAUAUACCUUGACAUCAGCAAAACCAAGGCCAAGUUACCGGAUAACCACUGCUCGGGCCCGAAACCCGUUGAGACCGAGAAAUGCACAGUGCCGUGCGUGGAGGGCAACAACAAACUGCCGUUCAAGAUCGAGGAAAUCGGCGAGACAUACAUCAACGGUAAUAUUUAUGGUAGAUCGUCGGCGGGAAGUUACACCGGAACUGAUUACGACACCGGUAUCAAAGUUAUCCCAGGUAGCGAUUCGCAGACAACGUACUCGUGGAAGGAAGAUGGCUUCACCUCCUGCAGCGCCACUUGUUUAGGAGGUGUUCAGGAUCUUAUCAUAAACUGCGUGCGCGACGACACCGGAAAACCCGUAAUGCCGCUUCUAUGCACCCCGGAAACGAAACCGGAGGCCAGGGUACGAGUUUGCAACGACCAUCCGUGUCCUCCCAGGUGGAACUACAGCGAGUUCUCCACUUGUAUGAGCCCCUGCGGUAUUGGUAUACAGACGCGUGAUGUCACCUGUAUUCACGAAGUGACACAAGGCGGCGGGAAGGCGGUAGCCGUGCCGAAUUCAAUGUGUCCGCAACCACCGCCUGCCGACAGACGAUACUGCAAUGUCUGGGAUUGCCCUGUCAAAUGGAGUACGGGAGAAUGGGGGAAGUGUUCGAAGACAUGCGGCGGUGGCGUGAAGAGGCGCGAGGUGGUCUGCGAACAAAUAAUGGCGCAAGGUCGCAAACAGAGUCGCGAAGAACGCGAAUGCACGUCUCAAAAGCCGCAAAGUGAGAAGCCCUGCAACACCAGAGCUUGCCACGACUCGGGCGUGAGCGUGUCGCCGAUAAUCACCAGUUUGAACGCUCAAACGUACAAUCAAACGGAUAUCAACGCAAAAGUGGACUUGAGAGUCGGCGGUACCGCUUGGAUUUUUCAGGGAACAUCUUCCAUCAAAAUUCGUUGCCCCGUUAAAAAGUUCGACAAAGCACAGAUUACAUGGAAGAAGGACAAGAAGGAAAUACGAAAAUCGAGAAAAUACAAGAUUAGCAGGAAGGGAGCUUUGAAGAUAAUCGAUAUAACUACCGCGGAUGCGGGGAUCUAUGCCUGUAUUGCGGGAACUUCGCAGGCGGAGACGCAGUUGAUAGUGAAAUUUCGCUCCAAAGAGCAGAUAAGUAGCGAGGAAUAUUUACGACUCGGUAAUUCCGUUCACCUACACCGAAACGCGAAUCUCGAUUCUGCGCCAGCAAAUUCCGGAGAAAGUUCUUACACUGAUCACGCAGCGGCAGCUUACGGAAAUCGUUUUGACAACGAGGACGUCAGCCAUGAGCGUGCGUUUCCCAGCAGCAAACCAACAAGGAAACCACAUCAAAAGAAGCAGAAGACCAGUCCCGCUCCGUCAGAUGCCACGAUGAUGCACGCUGUUACUUCUCAAAACCAGCCGGUACAUCACGAACCCAUAGAAUCCGUUGCGUCAGGCGCUUCUACUCUCGUGCCGCACUUGAGUUAUUUGAUAUCGAACUUGAAGGCCUAUUGGCCGUUUCGCAGCAAUAUAGCCGCGACUGGUAAUCACAAGACCGUUUCCACGUCAAUUGUUCGGGACGAACAUAAAGGGACGGCGGCGACGAAGCAUGGAAUGUCCGAUAGAAAAAACGACUUGAUGUACCAGAGUAUAGACGAUAGCUUUGACAGUUUAUAUCGCAACACAGUCAUCCCCGACGAGAUCUUCGGCCCAGACGAGGAGCGGAUAUUUAUUGAUGAUUCUUACGACCUGGACGAAUCUGUAUUCGAACUGCAGCGCGGCGACGGCACUAAAUUGAUGCCCGAUGUAAUGGAGAAAGUGGAUACCAAGCUCACCACGAAACCCGAUAUCGAUUAUCUCGAGGAGUCGCUGAAAAAUGUGAAAAGGCAAUGGCAAGAGUCGAGAAACGAGUACAGAGGUCAGUGGAGUACCACCACACCCAAGAAUCACGUUCGAAGCGGAGUCAUAACGGAGUCGGUCACGUCUUCGGAAAGCGAUGCCAUAGAUGUGUACUACGUUGAGGACUCAAGUACAAGAAAGGAAACGCUCGAGGAGGAUGGCGAUUUCGCCGACGACAAUAAUAAAUCCAUCAAUCACAGCGUCCGUGAAAACUCGAGAACUGAAGAUUCAUUGACCGUCACCUCGACGUUAACAUCGAGAAAUCUCGAGAAUCAGUUAAGGAUGUCGAGACCGGACCAUCGUAGCUCGAGCCGCGCGAACAGAACGAUUGAAUACCACGACGCUUUUGAGGAGGAAUCGGAUGAGAAAAUCGAGCCGUACGUCGAGAAUCGUACAACGGAUUAUACAGUCGUGCGAUUUCCUGCUAGCAGAAAUCUGGAAAAUAGAGCGAGGGAAGACUCGACGUUGAUAGAUGAUCAACGUCCGGGAAGCGUUGAAGGGGAGAAUCUUGAAGAAGACGUGAGAAAAAACUUAUCUCGCAAUCGGGAAGAUCACGACGGUUCUAUGGAGGAGACUUUCUUGGUUCAUCUAAAAGAGGUCUCCCGAAAGGAGCAACAAUCGACCGAUGGAAACACGAGUGUUUUAAUCUCUACUAUAAUAAGAGAAAGCGAAACAACGAAGGAUCCUACUAUAGAGUCGCUCGCUGCAUUAGCUAUAGAUACCAUAGAUAAUCUGGUAGUUGAAUGGGUCACGACCGAUUGGUCCCAGUGUUCUCAAACCUGCGGGGGAAGUGGAUUCCAGAUGCGAGGCGCGCAGUGUACAGUGCGAUCGAAGACAGAGAGCAACUCCACGCAAAUUUUACCAAAGACCGUGAUUGGCGCAAAGUUGUGCGAGGACGCCGGGUUUCCGGUUCCUCAAAAAGUGAGACCAUGCGGAAUAGGUAGGUGUCCUCAGUGGCACACCACGGAAUGGACUCCGUGUGAAACGUCCAGAUGCUUUAACUGGAAGACAGCGAUGCAGAAACGAGACGUUACCUGUCGAUUGGUGGAAGACACGGAGGACGGUCGGGAGAACAUAACGUUAUUAGAUCCGAGCAAAUGCGAUGAGGCCAGGAGGCCGUUGCAGAGACAGGAAUGUUACAACGAUGCCUGCAAAGGCGUCUGGAGAGUCGGCGAAUGGACUGAGUGUACAGCGUCUUGCGAAGAAGAUGGUAUUAAAUAUAGGAUUCUACAAUGCGUUUGGUACGGGACGAAGAAGCCGGCCGGGAACGCCUGCAGAGAUAUAUCGCGACCUUCUGUAAUGAAGACGUGCAGAGGCCCACCUUGCCCUCAAUCUCCCGAAGAUUGCAGAGAUCGUUCGCAGCUGUGCAGCACAGUGAAAUCGAUGAGUAUGUGCAAAGUGCCGCUGUACAAGAAACAGUGCUGCGCAACGUGUCGCUAGAUCCGGGUUAAUUGCAAGUGACUCAUUGUGAGAAUUAGAUAAAAUGAACGACGAUAAAGAGUGCGCGUGACACAGAGUGAAAAAUCACAAUUGGCUGAAC